AUGUUUUCAUUCAACAAGGAAGAGGCUGUUACAGCAUAUUCAUCAUCGGAUCUUGUUGCUGGUUUAGUCUACUACCCUAUGAUCGUGCUAGUUUUUGGAGUUGGUGAUUCAAUAAUAGGCAUUGCCCUCACCACACUGUACUCAGAAAUAAUUGGGCCAAGACGACAGGGAACCCUCCAAGGAGUACUUCAAAUGUCAGGAUCUAUAGGAAGUAUGCUUGCACCUCUCAUUUCGAGGCAAGUCAUGGUUUUGCUUAGAGUGACUGGAACUAUUAAUUUUGUUCCUGACUUUUCUCUUUAUAUGGAAUUUGGUCCACAAGCACCAUGGUCACUAGCCAUCGCUGAGAUAUCAGUGGUAGUUGCUCUGUGGCUAGCGUUUCAUAAGAAGAUGGUCCCACUGCGGGCAGAGAAUAUGUCUGCCAAAUCCACCGCGAAGGAGGAGCCUUGA